UUAUCCAAUCAUACGAUGAGUGGUGGUGGGCGUGCGCAGGAUUGGCUGAGGAGCGUGACGUCACGGCGCUCCGAGUAUAAAACAAGGAGAAGCAAGAGAUUGUUGCGAUUCCUUGUUUUCAUCUGGCCUGCCACCGGCCAGCCAGCCUCUCUUCUUUCUCAGAACCUAGCGCAAAUGAGGUGUUCAAGAGCGCCCCUGGUGGCCGCCCUUGUGGCAGCGGUGAUGGUGGCGACGGGAGCGGUGCAGGAGACGUCUUUCUCCUGCCAAGACCGCCCCUAUGGUUACUACGCCGACGUGGAGGCAGAGUGUCAAGUGUUCCACAUUUGUAACAACAACGCCAAGUGGUCCUUCCGCUGCCCGAACCAGACGCUCUUUAACCAGCAAUACCUCGUGUGUGACUACCAGGCCAAUGUGGACUGUGGAGUAGCAGCUUCCCUAUACACCAUCAAUGACAACUUUGGUAAGGUCGAGGAAGUAGAAGAUGACACCGAAUCCCCCGUUGAGUAAUCCUCGCCCGAGCCUCGCCACCUUUACUUUCUCCUGCUGCUCCAAUGACCUUCCUGUGUAACGAAAGACUCCUGUCUGCAUUUGUGUGCGUUAGGAACUGGUGAAUGAGUUAGUUACGGAAUGCCAUAUAUCUACCCUAACUGCCAAAAAAAUGUUCAUAUCAGACAGCAUAGUUGAGGAGAGGUUAGUAUCGUGACGUAGCGAUGUACAGCCUUCAGCCUUCAGCUCGAAAUGAAUGGAACGCACCUAGUCCAAUCAGGAGUUCAGGCUUCCUUACGGCUGGAUCGAUAAGUAUUUACCCGAGGAAACUUAGAGAGAAAACUAGAAUGGUGAUAAUCUGCUCCUGCCUCUAUGUGUUCAGUUUAGACUUAUCUUUACCCACCAAAGAUUCAGAAACCGAGACGAAUUUUUCCUUAGCACAGCCUUGUACUCGUUUUUGCCUCAAAACUUUACUCAUUGCCAUAUUAGGAUUUACAUCGUUAUAUUGUUAUUGUUGGCGUAUUUCAGCCUUGCCAGUGUCGACGCCUGAGUAAUAGUGUAGGACUUUGCUAGGUUCAGUCACAUACAGUACAUUCCAAGCCUGUGUGUAGUGUAGUGUGUUGUGUCAGGUGCCACUGUGUUACAAUAAAAGUGCACAUUUCGUGACUGUUGGAGACUAUAAUGUUGAUUCUACUGUCAUGUCGAUUUUCUAUAUGUAGUGUACGUAGAUACACAUGUUUAUAAUAUAUUCAGAGGUUUAUGAAUAUAUAGAAGAAAGAGAA